AUGUGGUGUGAUAAUUGCCUCCUCGUUCUACCUCUACGUCAUGGUGCUAUGGCUUGGGCUAUCAUCAUACUCCUUUACAGCAUUGCAGGAGCUGUCUUCCUAUUGGAAUUUGGCCAGUUCAUCUAUUUCACGUACCCCGAAUGGCAGAUCUACGGUGGCAUCGGCUUGGGCGUAGCCUUCAUUGCACUUAUCAACGUUCUCGCACUAUCCAAUCGGUCGUAUUUAUGGACACGCGUCUGCAAGAUAGCCUGGCCAUUCGUGAUCGUGAUUAUUGCGAUUCGCGCUAUCGCGAUGAUCGUCGAGAUGCAACGCGGGAAAUCGAAGUUCGAGUGGGAGUGUGCGAACGGAGACCAAUUGUGGCCCGCCUCCGCUGAGGCAGACUACGGUGGUAGCACGACGAUGCCCUCGAUUCUCUGCAAGGCCGGCUUUCCAGCACUAUACCUGGUGUUCAUUAUCGCCCUCCUGGUGGACAUCGCCUUCCAGAUGUAUAUGUUCUUCAUGACAUGGCGGUAUGAGAAACUGCUCCAGCAUUACUCGAGCCUGACACCGUCGAUCGGUGGUUACUACAAGGCUUGA